AUCAAUAGUCACCCGUUACGUUAUUCUCGGUAGUGUUUUUACAUAAACCGCUCACCUCUCCACUCUCCCAUCAAAACCCCCCACUUCCCUAAACUCCAAUCUCCACAUCCCAUCAAAUUCUCUCUGCAAAACUUCUCCGAUUCCGAUAAUGCCACCGACGCCGGAACAACCCCACCUCAACGGCGCCUUCUAUGGCCCUCCCAUCCAACCAAAAACCAAAUCCUACUACCGCCCUGGCCGCGGCGGAGGCGGCGGACCUAGUUGCAACCCUUUAACCUGCUGUUGCAGCUGUAUCUGUAGCUGCAUCUUCAAUCUCAUCUGUCAGAUUCUAAUCACCGUCGCAAUCUUCCUCGCCGUCGUUGGGGUAAUCUUCUGGUUUAUUUUCCGCCCCAACGUGCCUAAAUUCCAUGUCGCCGACGCCACCCUCACCCGAUUCACGCUAUCCCCGACGAACAACACGCUCUACUACAAUCUCGCCGUCAAUAUGACGUUCAGAAACCCUAACCGCCGUUUAGGGAUUUACUACGAUAAAAUCGAGGCCAACGCGAUGUACCAUGGCCAGAGAUUUUCGUCGGCGGAGGUUCAAGGGUUUUAUUUAGGGCAUAAGAAGGAGAAUAAUGUCAGUGUGGCGUUUAAAGGGGAACAACUGGUGGUUCUCGACAGUAGUGAUAAAUCGAAAUACGAUUCAGAGAAAGCUGAUGAUGUUUACUACAUCGAUUUGAAGCUGAGAUUGAAGAUCAGAUUUAAAGUUUGGUUUGCGAAAACCCCGAAAUUUACACCCAAAUUCGAAUGUGAUUUGAAGGUUCCAUUGAGUUCUAAAGGUAAGGUUUUAUCUACGAAUUUUGAGAGAACCAAGUGUGAUUUCGAUUGGUAGUGAAGAAGGUGAUGAAUCUUUAAUAUGUUUUCUUUUAAAUUCUUAGUCUUAUUUCACAUUCAUGCAAGGUUUUCAAGAAAUUUUGGGAUAUAUAUAUAUAUAUACACUGAUUAAUUAUGUUCAUGAGUUUACAUUCUUGUUUCUGA